AUGUCAAUGAUUAACGAUUCUAACAGUUCAUUAUUAAGUUCAAUAUCAACAAAUAAUUUUCUACGUGAUUGUAUUGAUUUAGCAAUUGAUGGAUUUUUAUUUCGUGGUAUAACACCAUCAGAUCAUUAUUAUCGUUUUUCACAAUCAUUUCCAAAAGCUUUUACACUUUUAACAACAAAUAUAAAUUCAAAUGGUGCAUCAAUGAUAAUGACACCAAAACAAUCUCAACAUUAUCAUACAUCAUCAACAUCAAAACAUACAAAUACUUAUAAUCAACGAACAAAUAAUGUUCCUCCACUUGAUUUAUCAUCAUUAAAUUCAAAUAUUUUACUUGAACAACAACCUGUUUCAACAAUUAUGCCAACUAAUAAUACAGGAAUUACAAUUAAAACAAAAAAACCUGUUUAUAGUCCAAAAGAUUCUAUAUCUUCAUCAUCUACGACUGAUCGUCGGAUAAGUAAUUCUUCUCGUCGUCCAGGUACAGCAACAACAAAAACUCCACUUGUAACAUCCAAUACACCAAAUACUCCUUUAUCAUCGAAUGAACAAUCACCAUUAGUACAAUCAUUAAAUCCAAAACGACCCGUAACAGCUCCAAGUCCAUCGUCAGAUAUAUGGAAUUCACCUCAACAACAAACAAGUCCAUUGGAAUUAGAAGCACGUGAUAUACAAGAACGUAUGAGUAAACAUCGUUUACGACAUGGUCGUCCACAUGAUCUUUCACAAAUGAAUCCAAAACAAAUCUAUGAUGAAAAAUGUGAUAUGCAACAAGAAUUAUUAAGAUUUGAAAAUAAAUAUUCGAAACCAACGACUAGUGAACAAAAACGUAUUAUGAAACCACUGUAUGAUUAUUAUCGACAAUUAAAACGUCUUGUUGAAAAACAACAACAAACUUAA